AUGGCUGGGCUUGAGAUGAACUUAGAUUUUGUUUUAAGAGCACCUAAGAAGCCCACAAUCAUUGCAAUUUGCAGCACUCUGAUUCCAAUGAUAUUGGGAACUGGAAUUUAUUCUUUGGUAAUAAUAGUGGACAAGAAAUUCUUAAAAAAUUAUGUUGAAACAUAUGAGUAUAAUAGACCCCAAUGCUAUUUUAUAUGGUCUAUGGUUCUUAGUAUCACAGGGUUCCCUGUUCUUGCAAACAUUCUUGUGGACCUUAAACUUCUCUACACUAGGCUUGGAAAAUUGGCAUUAACAGUAGCAACACACAAUGACUUCUAUAACUGGAUUAUGUUUGCAUUGGUGUUUCCAUUUCUUGUUAAUGGUUAUAGAGCAAUUUUCUCAAUGCUAUGUGUCAUAGCUUUUAUUCUCUUAAGCCACUUUGUGUUACGCCCUUUGCUAGAGAAGAUAGUGGCCAAGAAACCAAACAAGCAUGACUGGACCAAUUACCAGUUGUCAUUUGUGAUCAUGGGGCUUUUCGCUUCCACGGGGCUUACCGACAUCCUCGGCGUGAAUCCCCUUGUCGGGGCGUUGAUCUACGGACUUGCCAUCCCACGAGGAAGCUUCACCGAGAUGUUGAUGGAGAGAUCGGAUGAUUUUGGAUCUAGAUACUUAGCACCCUUGUUCUUUUUCAGUGGUGGCUUGAGGUGCAAUAUAGUUAAGGUUUUGCAGACUGUAGAUUUGGGUUUUGUUGUUAUAGUGAUCUUGUCUAUCUUCACAAAGAUUGUUACAACAUUUGCAGUUACUCGCUACUAUGGUAUGCCUUUCAGAGAGAGUUUGGCUUUUGGGUUGCUUAUGAACACCAAAGGCGUCUUGUCACUCAUAGUGCUCAACAUUGCAUGGGAUAAUAAGCUUAUAAGUGCAUAUGCAUUCUCAAUCAUGACACUUAAUAUUCUGAUAAUGACUUUCAUGGUGUCUCCAAUAAUCAACGUCAUUUACAGGCCAAAAACGGCCUAUAGGAUGAACCUGCUAAGGACCAUACAAAACCUAGGAUUUCAAACAGAAGUUCGAAUCUUGGUUUGUGUGCACAAUCCUCGCCAUGCCAGCGGAAUGGUGAAUAUCCUAGAAGCCUUAAGUGGUAUCAGUGUCUCCUCUUUGCGAGUGACAGCAGUUCAACUCGUUGAGCUCAAAGGUCGUGUCACUAGCCUUGUCUCUGCUCAACUCGAGCAUCAAAGCUCGCUCGGAUUCUCACAAUCACAAUCACAAUCACAAUCAUUUGAGGACAUGGAAACGAUAGCAGGUCAUUUCCAUUUCUUUGCACAAGUGCAUAGCGGCAACCAUGCUGAAACCAGCAUGAUCAUGUCACCUUUCGCAACAAUUAACCGUGACAUAUACAAUCUAGCAAUGGAGAAACAAGCAUCAUUGGUACUCCUUCCUUUUCACAAGCACUGGAGCUCCGAAGGCAACCUAGAAGUAACCAAAGAAGUGUUUAGCGAGAUAAACCAGAAUGUGAUGAAAGAUGCGCCAUGCUCCGUGGGGAUCUUCGUUGAUCGCGGCCUUAAUUCAUUGUUGAAUGCCAAUUUGCACAUCAUCAUGUUAUUCAUUGGGGGUCCUGAUGAUCGCGAAGCCUUGGCGAUUGCGUGGAGGAUGGCAGGACACCAUAGGAUACAACUCACUAUGGUGAGGAUUAUUUUGUGUGGCAAGGCUGCAAUGGAGGAUCAAAAAAAGGAAUCUGGCCAUGAGGAACUACUAUCAGCAGUGCUAGAUAAGAAUAAGGAACGAGAGUUGGAUGAUAGCUGUGUGAAUAAUUUUAGGAUUAUGGGAGUGAACAAUAAGGAUACAAUAAAGUAUGAAGAGAGAUAUGUGGAAAGUGAUGAUGAUAUCCCUAGAGUGGUUAAUGAAUUUGAUCAAAGGCGUUAUGAUUUAUAUGUUUUGGGACAAGGGAAAGGUAGGCACUCAAGGGUGUUGUCUGAAAUGUUGGAUUGGACUGAUUUCCCUGAACUAGGUGUUAUUGGGGACUUAGUGGCAUCAAAUAGCUUUGGUUCCUACUCUUCUGUGCUUGUUGUACAGCAAUAUGGGUAUGGAGGAAUGGAAUUUGGUAAAAAUUAUGUGAACAACCCUAGUUGUCAUCCUCCUAUUUGCAAACCACCUUCAAGGACAAGAUCAUUAAGUAGAAUGUUUUGA